UAGAAUCUAAUAAUUAUUGUAGUAAUCAUGUCAACAAUAUUGCCAAGUAAUGAUGAUGAAAAUACCAAAAUUAUUAGUAGUAGUCAUUUUGUGUUGGUUCAUGGGGCUGGUCAUGGAGCUUGGUGUUGGUACAAAGUGGCCAAUUUAUUACAAUCCACAGGUCACAAAGUCACAACAAUAGAUCUCACAGCCUCAGGAAUCAACCCUAUCCAAGUCACCCAAGUCAACGGUUCAUUGGUUGACUAUGCUAAGCCGUUGAUGGAUUUCAUGGCGUCUCUGCCGUCAUCCGAGGCGGCGGAGAAGGUUGUUCUGGUGGGCCACAGUUUGGGUGGGCUCAGCAUAUCCCUUGCUAUGGAGAGCUUUCCUCAUAAGAUUUCAGCUGCAGUAUUUGUUACUGCUUUGAUGCCUGGUCCUAAUCUCACCUAUCAUAACAUAUAUCAAGAGAAUACACGAAGAUUUGGUUCACCUAUGGAUUCAACAUUUAUAUAUGGUCAGGGUCCAAAUAACCCUCCAACUGCUGUACUUUUUGGCCCAAAUUUAUUGGCAUCAAAAUUUUACCAGCUCUCUCCACCAGAGGAUUUGGUGCUUGCCCUGACAUUGUUGAGACCUUAUGAUCAGUUUAGUAAUGAAGAAUUGUUUAGUGAACAACUAAAACUUACUAAAGAGAAAUAUGGGAGGGUAAGAAGAGUUUUUAUCGUGUGCGACCAGGACUAUGUUAUCGAGGAGAGUAUGCAGAGGUGGAUGAUUGAGAAGAAUCCACCUCAUGAAGUGAUGGUCAUCAAUCAAACUGAUCACAUGGUUAUGUUCUCUAACCCACUCAUGCUCUUUUCCCAUCUCGAACAAAUUGCAUGCACACCAAAUAUUCUUACUUAAUUAGUAAUGUAAUAUAUAAAUGUACUUUUUUUUUUGUGUUUUAAAUGUGUGGUCAUGCAUAUUUUAAAUUAGAUAUUUAAUUUAAAACUAGCAUGUAAUUUGAAAUUUACUAAUAAAUUUUAUUUUUAGACGUGA